AUGGAGUUUGAAAACAUUAAAGAAGCAUUAUUUCUUAUUUCAGCACCUAUUGAAACCCCAAAUUCAGUAGACUACACAUGGUUGCCCGCUGGACCUGAAGGUAUUGUCUUUAGAGUGCGUGCAGCUAACGAUGCUCAUAUUGCCUUGACAUCAUCUGAAGGAUUAUCAAAUCCUAUGAUUGAAGUGUUCAUUGGUGGUUGGGCGAAUUCCAAAUCAGUGAUUCGUAAAGAUCAAACAAAACCAGAUGUUUUUGAGACACCAACACCGAUGGUUUUGGACGCAAAUGAAUUCCGAGGUUUUUGGAUUCGUUGGUCUAACAAUUACAUCACUGUUGGAAGGGAAAACGAAGCUGCACCGUUCAUGUCGUACUCCAAUCCUGAUUCAUAUCCAAUCAAUUACGUUGGAAUUCGCACGAGACGGGGAGCUUCUGGAAGUUGGAUUAUUGAAGAGCCUUAA